GCAGUUUGUUUAACUUGUCUUGCACUUUGCUUUGUUCGUCAAAGUAAGUUUUUGAUUUUUUUUAAACAACUAAUUCAUAAUUGUGCUACUGUAAAACCUCUGGCAGAGUAAGUACUUUGGGGAGUUCAGCAGUUUUAUAUCAAUCUCAGGUGGAAAUUUCAGCUUUAAACUUGUGCAUUAUUCUAAAUUAUUAUUACGAGCCGAUUAACAAUGGGUGUCACAAAAAAACCAGGAAAACCAUCUAAAAACCCAGACGCCAUAUCACCCAGCAAGGAAGCCAAAACAUUUGACGACUUUCUGGAAACUCUCGAUGACUCUGAUGACGACUCGGAAAUAGAAAAUAGUGAUGACGAAGAAGAAGUCGAAUUAGAUGAAAAUGGAAAAAAUGGAUUCCAGCAACAGAAUGGUAAAAGAAGCAACGGAGUUUCAAAAGCUGGCGUUGACGGUGACGACGACAAGGAUGAAAGAGAAUCAGAUGAAAGUGAAGAGGACGAUGAUGAUGACGAACAGUUAGAAGGAGAUGAAAGUGAUGUAGAAGAGGAUAUUGAGGAGGAGGAGGAAGAUGGUGACGAAUGUGAGAUAACUGAAGAACCAAGUCGUAAAGGGAUACAGGCAGGAGAUGAUAGUAACAGCGAUAGUGACAAUGACGAUCGUGACCCGGAACAAACAGCCCAGGAACACAAGAAGGCUUUACAGCGACUUGUGGAAACAGAUCCGGAUUUCUUUGAGUAUUUAAAAGAAAAUGAUGCAGAUUUACUCAAUUUCGAAGAUUCGGGGGAUGAUAGCGCCUCGGAAGAUGAAGAAGGUCCUUUGCAUAUACCUCCAGAAGAAUUAGAGGAAGCAUCAGACUCGGAGGCAGAGGAGGAACGUAUGGAUGUAGAGUCAGUAGAAUAUAAGAGAAAGGUGGACAAAUUGGUCGCAAAGGGGGUUGUAAGCCUUGAAGUUAUUAAAGACUGGGAAACAAAAUUAUCUACCACCAGGGAUAUUGGUGUGCUGGUUAAUGUAAUUGACGCAUUUGAAUGUGCCGUGCAUCAAAUUCUUGAAGAUGAAGACUCUGACAAACAAAAAUGGAAAGUAGAUGGAUCCGCUAAUUUCAAUGCCUUGGUUCGUUUAUGCAUCAAACAUAUUAAAGGCUUUUGCGUCCGGUAUCUCUGUGGAAGCAACAAUUUGGCAGUAUCAGAGCAAAAAUUCGACCAACGACCGAUGGAAUUCAAAGACAAAUCUUCUCAGAAAUGGAGCAAAUUGAGAACAAAACUAAAAAAAUACAUGACCACAUUGGUUAAGUUUUUGAAAUCAAUGGGAAAUUCGGACGCUGUUGCCUCGAUUCUUCGUCAUUGCCAAAAAAUGAGUGGGUUUUGGGCAAUUUUGUCUUCCAAAAGUAACAAACUUUUACGAACCCUGAUUAAUAUUUGGUCAUCAGGAGAAGACUCUUGUAGAAUCCUUGCUUUUAUGACAAUAAUCAGAAUGACCAAUUAUAACCGUGACGCAUUCUUGCAAAGGAUUUAUAAGCAAAUGUAUUUAUCAUAUGUUGCAAAUAGCAAAUUCACAUCUGCCAAUACUUGGCCUGCACUGAACUUGAUGAGAAGCAGUCUUACGGAAGUGUACUUGCUAGAUUCUUCAUUGGCGUACUCGAUUGCGUUUCCAUUUAUCAGACAAUUGGCAAUUCAUUUGAGGAACGCGUUAACAGCCGGAACAACAAAUGCCCCAUCUCAAACAAAACAAACCAAGAAAGAAGCAUCCAGAAUUGUUUAUUCAUGGCAAUUUGUGCAUUCCUUGAACUUGUGGGUUGACUUGUUGGCACAUUCAAACUCUUCUCAAGAUGAAAAUCUUGCAUUGUUGGUUUAUCCUAUAGUGCAGAUAUGUCUGGGGACCAUUCAACUGAUACCAACUAAAAAGUACAUUCCAUUACGAUUUUUCAUGAUCCGGAUGCUAAUUAAAUUACAAGAAAAAACGGGAGUAUUCAUCCCCAUACUUCCUUUAAUUACAGAGGUUCUUCUCAUGACAGAUUUCAGUUUAAAAUCCGUGUCCAAAUUUUCUGCUAGACCUUUGGACAUGAAAUGUUGCCUGAAAGCUGAUGCCACUGAGAGUGGUCAUGGGAAAGCUAUAUCUGAGAAUGUGUUUGAACUUAUUCUUAGAACCUGUAAGGCUAUAGCGACGGACUUGUCUUUCCCUGAAAUUUUGACACCAACCUUAAUGCAAUUGAGGUCAUUCUUAAAAAAGAAAUGUAAAAAUCCGGAAGUGUGUCGUAAAUACAAAUCUCUCAUGGAAAAGAUUGAUGCGAAUUCCAAGUACAUUUCUGACAAACGUAGUAAAGGAUUGGAUGCAGGAACUGUCUCGUUGUCAGAUAUGGAAUCACAGAAGAUAUUGAGAGUACAAAUGGAAACGACAAAACCUCAUCCCCCAAUUCUCGAAUUCGCCAACGAAUAUCUAAAAGCCAAUGCGAGAGUUCAAGCCAAAUUGAGGAGAAUCAAUGUUGAAACUCGAGAAGAGAAACUAAUUCCGAAACCGUCUGUCGUGAAUGCUCAGAAACCAAAGUCAAAGAGAUCGAAUGACCAAUUACUGGACUCUGAUGAUGAUGACAGUGACACUGAAUUUAAAACCAAACUUGACCCAGAACCGGAGGACAUAGAUAACGACGACGAGGAUGAUGUAAACCAACCUGCAAAAUCUAAAAAGAACCCCAAACUGAAAAGGAAACUUGAGGUUGACGAGAAAGUUACACCGGGCAAAGGUAAAGCAAAGGGGAAGAAUAAAAAAUCAAAGAAACAGAGAUUAUGUAACGAAACGGAAGCCCAGGACGAACUCGUGGAUUUAGAGUUAUCAGACUAAAAUUCAUUUUGUUAUCAGACAGUUUAUUAGUUAUAAAAUUCAUAUAUUUCAUUUUAUUGAAUAUUGUCAUUUAUGUAUGUAGUUAGUUUAUCCCAAUAAUACUGUUUAUAUUAUGUCAAUAUUACUGUUUAAAAAAAUAUAUAAAACAUUUGGAUGGCA